AUGGAUACGAAUGAGCGUAACAAGCGUUUGAAAGUGAUACCAAGAGUAGUCGAUGGUCCGUGGAUCGUCAAACGCGCUAUUGGUGAGACUCCCGCGAUAAUCGGCACCAAGAUCGAUACUGAGUAUUAUAACGGCUAUCGUUAUAUGGAGGCAUCUAUUGAUGUUUAUUCCAGCUCGUUAGCCCGCCAUAUAGUAUCUCUGGUAACUGACACGGCUAAAAAGUUGGUCAUUGAUAUUGGAUUUGUGAUUGAAGGGCAAACAGAU